CAAAAGAUAUAGAGGGUCCACACAAGUCCCCUGCAAAAGCUUUUACAAACUUUCUCUUACAUAACAUACCAAACAAAGUUUACUAUAACCAAACAAACCGUCUGUGUAUAUCUAAUUGCUUUUUCCAUGGACUUCAAUCUGAAGAAAUGGAGAGACCAGCAUGAGUCAGAAGAAGAACAACAACAAAUACCUUCUGCAAAACUACCAAGACUUCUCCUUAACUCUCAUCCACAGCAACCACCUGGUCCUGCGCUCCCAUUGUUCGUACCUAAUCUCACCAGCAACCUGUCAGCCUACUCUUCUGAUUCAACCACAACCUCUGCCAACAAAGCUCCCUGGAUGGGGAGUUACUUCAGCUUGGCCCAGUGGCAAGAACUUGAACUGCAGGCAUUGAUCUACAAACAUAUGAUAGCUGGUGCUGCUGUUCCGUCUGAACUACUCCAUCUUGUUAAGAAAAGCCUCAUCAAUUCUCCUUCUCCUCCAUAUUACCUCUCUCAACACUACUAUCCCCACUAUCAGCCAGGUUUGCUGCAACCUGCGUACUGGGGAAAAGGGGCCAUGGAUCCGGAACCAGGCAGAUGCCGGAGGACUGACGGCAAGAAAUGGCGGUGCUCGAGGGAUGUAGUUGCCGGGCAGAAGUACUGCGAGCGCCAUGUUCACCGCGGCCGCAACCGUUCAAGAAAGCCUGUGGAAAUCCACACGUCCACCACCACUCCUUAUAGCGGCAAAGCCGGCAACAAUGGUGAUGGAGAAGUCCUCAAGACGAGCAACGCCGUUACUAGGGAAGCAACAGGUGGUGGCGGUGGCACCAUGCCCUUUUCUCUUUCUGGGCCUUCACCUUCCAUGGAUCUUCUUCACUUCAAUCAAAGGCCUUCAGAAUCUAUAAUUGAGACAAAGGGUCCAUUUGUAGCCCAAAACAACAGUGAAACUGGUGGCCGAACCCUUCGCCAUUUCUUUGAUGAUUGGCCUAGAUCACUUCAAGAAACAGACAAUGCAACUAGCUCCAUGGCUUCGGCCACCAACUUGUCAAUUUCAAUGGGGAUGGGAAACCCGUCAUCAGAUUUCUCGCUGAAACUCAGUACUGGAGACAACGGAGAUGACUCUGAGCCUCGAGUUAUUAACGGCGAGCGAGAUAGGCUUCAAUUGAAUUGGGGUGCACCAUGGGGGACUAAUCAGGUGGCUCCAAUGGGCGGACCCCUUGCUGAGGCAUUAAGAUCAUCAACAUCCAAUUCGUCACCGACAAGUGUCCUACAUCAAUUGCGACGUGGUUCAGUUUCAGAGGCUAGCUACGUUGGCGCCUGAAUAAUUUGCCUGUAUUGAAAUUUUAGUCCUGAUGUGUUUCACUGACUUGUGCCUUUUUUCUUGCCUUUUCUUUUUCUCUCUCUUUUCUUGUUGCAAUUCCUUCACGUUGUGUACUUUUAAUCAUGUGAUGUACAAAUUGCGUGGAGUCUGAUGCUUUCAUGUUCGAAGUA